GCUUGGUGUUCCGGUACGGUGCGGUAUGAUACGCCAUGCCAGGUGUAGGUAGAUAAUAAUUUUUGAAAUUAAAUCAAUCUAAGCGAUGUCUCUUAAUAUAAAUCGUUUAUUUUCGCAAAUGUACGCUUGUCGAACAAUUGUCAGUUCCUCUAGAUUAUAUGCACGGUGGAUGAACAGGGAUCCAGCAAAGGUUUUGCUACCAUUUGAUGAAAAAUCGCAAUCAAGCUUGAAAAAGGAAAAAGUUAUCAGCCUCAACCCUGAUGAUUUAUCUAAGAAAAAUAAUGAAUCUGCAGCAGUUAAAAACGCAGCACCCUCUCAAUUCCCACCACAAAAAGCUAAGGAGAUUAAGACUAAGCGGGAGGAAAAACUAAAAAAAAGAGAUUUCUUUUUAAAGCAGUGUAAAGUCUUCGAUGAGAACAAUGAUAUUUUGUAUGAGAAAGUCAGUACAAAUGAUGGACGAAUAAGCAAUAUUCUUGUUAAACUUAAAUCGAAAAAGGACAGAAUGCGGCUAAAUCAAGUGCUUGUUGAAGGCUGGAGGCUGAUUGUUGAUGGCUUAGAAGCAAAAUGUGAACUAAAAUAUGUUAUUUUCUCUCGUAUUGAAGAUCUAAAUAAUAUUCGGCCGUUUUUACCAAAAUCUGGGGUGAAGCUGUUUAAAGUACCAUAUAAAGAUAUGGCCUUAUGGUCAGAUGUAGAGACAUCACCUGGAAUAUUUGGUGUUUUUGAAAAGCCAACAGUAAAUAAUGUUCGAAGUUUGUCCAGACCAUUACCCCUUCAGUUCAUAUGUGAUAACAUUAGAAUGCCUGGCAAUCUUGGAGCCAUAUUGAGAAUAGCAGUGGGUGCUGGCUGUGAAAAAGUAUUACUAACAAAAGGCUGUGUUGACAUGUGGGACCCUAAAGUUAUCAGAAGUGCUUCGGGUGCUCAUUUCAGGCUGCCAAUAUAUAAUUCAAUUGAAUGGGAUGAAAUGCCCAAAUUGCUAGAGGAAAAUACAUCCCUAUUUAUUGCUGAUAGCAACACCCAAAUAGAUAAUAGGAAUACAACACUUGAGAAGGAAAAUUUAAUAACCGGCAUGACUAUACCUGUAAUACCUUAUUAUAGCAUUGAGUAUACAAGUUUGAAACAUAUUACUCUCAUAUUAGGAGGAGAGACUGAAGGGAUUAGUGAGGACAGUUAUGAGUUGGCUGCCAACAGGAAUGGUCUCAGAUUGAAUAUUCCAUUACAAAGAGGUGUAGACAGCCUGAACACGGGAAUGGCUACUGCUGUUAUUGCAUUUGAAAUAAGAAAACAAUUGCUGCAGUUAUGGGCCAAGGAUAAAAAGGAGCGAAUGCUCGCAAGCUAGAAGUAAUUGUUUACAUUAAGUAGAAAUCUAGUUGUUGUGUAAUAUAACAUUUAUAUGAAUAAUA